UCUAUUUUAUUCCAGGGAAAUCCCCUCCACAAAUGGCCUGGAGGAACCACAGCAUCAUCACCGAGUUCAUUCUCACGGGGCUGUCCGACGACCCCCACAUCCAGGCUCUGCUCUUCGUGCUCUUCCUGGGGAUUUACCUCCUGACCAUGAUGGGGAAUCUGAUGCUGCUGCUGGUGAUCAGGACCGACUCCCGCCUCCACACGCCCAUGUACUUCUUCCUGAGUAACCUGUCCUUCAUGGACCUCUGCUUCUCUUCUGUCACUAUGCCCAAGCUACUGAAGGACCUUCUGUCUGAGAAGAAAACCAUCUCAGUAGAAGGCUGCCUGACUCAGGUGUUCUUUGUGUUUUUUUCUUCGGGGACUGAAGCCUGUCUGCUCUCGGUGAUGGCCUAUGACCGCUAUGCCGCCAUCUGCCACCCUCUGCUCUACGGCCAAGUGAUGAGCAGCCAGCUUUGUGUGGGGCUGGUGCUGGCCUCAUGGGGCCUGGCCUCUCUCAAUGCAUUUGUCAUUGUGCUUUUGGCUAUUAACCUGGACUUCUGUGAGGCCCAAACCAUCCACCACUACACCUGUGAGCUGCCUGCUCUUUUCCCUCUGUCUUGUUCUGAUAUCUCCAUCACAACCAAUAUCCUGCUCUGCUCCAGUUUACUGCACGGGCUGGGAACCUUCCUCCCAAUCUUUUUCUCCUAUGCCCGUAUUAUCUCCACCAUCCUGCACAUCAGCUCCACCUCAGGCAGAAGCAAGGCCUUCUCCACCUGCUCCUCCCACCUCAUCGCAGUGAUCCUGUUCUUUGGCUCAGGUUUUCUUUGUUAUCUCAUGCCUCCCUCGGGUUCCUCUUUGGAUUUGCUCCUCUCCUUGCAGUACAGUGCAGUCACACCCUUGCUGAAUCCCCUCAUCUACAGCCUAAAGAACGUAGAGGUGAAGGCGGCUGUGAGAAGGACACUGGGGAAAUAUCUCUAAUGUAGUGAACAAAGACACACUUACUAAGCAAAAAUCACAAAGACUGUGUUCCGUUGCAUUCUCCUUUUGUUCCCACCUCUUCCCACACAGUGUCAGAUAAUUUGGAAGAAAGACUCUAGAGCUUGUCUGAACGGAGCUUGCCUGUUCUUCACAGGCAGUAGUUCUUGAUUUGGGCUCCUCAUUUGGAAAGGCUGCUCUGUUGGUUGGAAGACAACGCGAAGACAA